CAUUUUACGAUGAAUGAUUCAAUGAGCCAGAAUCCAAUCGAUGAUGAGGUAGAUGAUAUGGCAUCGACUAGUCUGAAUGACAAAACUAAUGAAUCUGACAAAAUACACUGGAGCACACCUCAGGUACGUCUACUAAUUCAGCUGUAUGACGACAAUAAAUUGAAAUUCCAAGAUAAAAAAACUAGAAACAAAAAAGUGUGGAAAACCAUUUCCGAUGAAAUAAACCAAAUGCCUGGAUAUAAAGUCACACCUGAGCAGUGCGAGAAUAAAUUUAAAAAUUUGAAAAAAACCUAUAAAAAAAUAUCUGAUAAUAACGGUAAAUCAGGAAGAGGCACAUUAUCCUGGCCAUUCUAUAAAGAACUGGAUGCCAUUUUUUGCAAAGAUCCAGAUGUGCAUCCAAUCUCGACCUGCAGCAAUCUGGAUGGACCUUCUACAUCUACUGCCCAUCCUGUAGAUGUAGAAGAAAAUAUAUCCAGAAUUCCAACUCCACAACAUAUAGAGACCAAUAGUCGUGGAGUGAAAAGGAAGAGGUCUUCUGCAGAGGAACCUGAAUGGUUCGCAAAAUUUAGAGAAGAUUGCCAAAAACGGCACGAGGAAAAAAUGGAAAAGCAGGACCACCUUCUCAAAAUUUUAGAAAAAUUGGUAGAAAAAUAA